GCUGUCUUCUUGUUCUCUGUUGUGGCCCAUUUGGCCCAGCCCAGUCCUGACCUAUAUAAGGUGCUUCUAUCUCUGUAACCCUAAGAAGAGAGAGUUCCUCCCUGCAGCCUCCUACCUCAGGUUAGGCCCUCACCUCUGUCCACAUGGUAUCAGAGCAAGGGGCAGUGAGGGCAACGACGGGAAGGACUGCCGAUCUGGAAGCCUAGUCUGCUGUGGCAGCUAGGAGGAAGAGGAAGAGGAAGGGAGCAGGCUGCUGCGGCGGCAAGGAGGGGAAGGCAGUGACAAGUAAGGAGACGAAGAGGCAUCCUGCGGGUAAGUCCUUUGGUGGUUCUGAGAGGUUAGUUUGGUGUCAAGCAUGGGGGACAACAGGGAUUUGGCCAAGGCUCUGGAGAAGCUGGCAGAACUUAUCACUACCAAAGGAGAUGGAGGAGGAUCUGCUGGAGGGGGAGCAAUCGUUCCCCAUACCAUCAUCGGUCAGAAACUUGAGCUGCCGGCGAAUGAAAUCAAGUUGGAAGGAGUGGCCAACUAUCUCCGGUGGUCAAGGAGGGCGCUGUUGAUUUUGAACUCGAAAGGGCUGGAUGAACGUGUGAGUGGUGAAGCUGCAGAACCAGCAGACAAGACCAGUACGGAAUGGAAACAGUGGAAUGCCAUAAAUUCUCUGAUUGUGGCAUGGUUGCUUAACUCUUUGGUUCCUAACAUUGCUGCUUCUGUAGAGGCACUCACAAAAGCUUCAGAGGUAUGGGACACCCUAUCAAAUCUUUAUUCUGGAAAGGGGAACAUUAUGUUGAUUGCUGAGAUUGAGGAUAAAGUGCAUGACUUGCAACAAGGAAACAAAACUGUGAUGGCAUAUGUGGCUGAGUUGCAGCAUCUUUGGGGAGAUUUAGAUCAUGUUGAUCCUCUGGAACUUGCCCAUGGGGAAUGUGUGAGUGCUGCUGCAAGCUGGAUUGAACGUCGGCGAGUCAUGAAGUUCUUGAAGGGUCUUAAUCAAGAUUUUGAGGGGAGAAGGGCUGCUUUACUGCAUCAAACCACUACCCCUUCUCUCAAAGAAGCCAUUGCAGCUAUGUCCAGAGAGGAAGUGCGUCUGAAUAUGACAAAGGGAAGCGAUUCUGUCCCUCAUCCAACCUUCUACACUAAUGAGAGACAAGAGAUGAGAGACUGCUAUACUUGUGGGCAGAAGGGACACUUGAAGCAUCAGUGUACCUCCUUUGCUACAUCCAGUAGGGGGAGAGGAGGAUACACACAUGGCAGAGGAAGCUACAGAGGAAGAGGUGAUGGCAGAGGUAGUGGACAGCCAUAUGGACAACACCAUGGAAGAGGUGGUGGACAGCACUAUGGCAGAGGUAGUGGACAGCCAUAUGGAUAUCAGUAUGGCAGGGGUGGAGGACAGCAGCACGCUAUAUCACCCAAGGCACAUAUGGCAGCAGCUUCAGAGUCAACUACCAGUACCUCUCAGGGACAAUCAAAGGAAGAAGGACAAAAUGAAGCAACCUUUGGGAACUUUGCUCACUAUGUCUACAAAGAUGAAGGAAAGGGAGAGCAGCAAGAAGAUUGGGACUGCAACCAGGCAUAGAGGUCUUUGGCACAUAGAUCGUGACAAGAUGGGGCAUGAUGCUAGUUCUGUGCUUGCUGCGAUUGUUGGAGGAAAGGAGAGUAUGGCACUAGUUCAUCAUUGUCGAAUGGGUCACAUGGCGUUUGAUAAAAUGUUUCGAGUUUUUCCUGAUGUAAUGAAUGGAGUGGACAAAACCAAAUUAUGUUGUGAUGCCUGCGAAUAUGCUAAGCAUACGAGAACCUCUUAUGUUAG